AUGAUGUCUUUGCCCCUCUGGCUAUUCGCCGAACGGCUCUCGCCGUCUACUGUUCUCGAGUCGCAGACACCUCAAUUGAACACCGUGAGGUACUUUGGCACUCGGUCGGGCGCUGGUCAGACAGCUAAGGCGCCCUGGCACUUCUCGCUCAUCGGGGCUACGGCCGCCUUUGGUGUGGCCGCGUCCCUGGCCUACCACUAUUCUGUAAGGAAAGAAUCGCACGUUGGCUCCAAGAAUGGAUCUUAA